GGGUUUUUCAUGGUUAGAAAAAUCAAAAACCAAUUUUUCAAUAAUUGCAACCCUAGAAAUCGUUUUCUUCUGUAAAAUCAAAUGACUCUGUAAGGUGAAGUUUACCACACUAGUGAUGAACUAAUGGAUCUUGCUUGCUUUGUGGUGAUAUGGUGUUAUAAAGAUACUGUUUGUAUGUGGUGUUGAUGAUUUUGCUGGUGAAAGUGGUACGAGUUAUUGCUUAAUGGAUCUGGUGAAAGGCAGGCUUACUGUCCAGGUUGUGUCCACACUAGCUGAAAUUCUUUGGGAACAGCAGCUAAAGACCAUACGUAUAUCUUCUACCGGGAGGACAUCUAAUGUUCAAAAACCUUCCAGUUUCCAAUCCAUGGAAGAUCUUCUUGCAUUCUUAGAUGGUAAUGAUGCAAAGGAAAAUGAUUGCUUUGUCUAUGUUUUUAUUCACAAUAUUAAUGGACCUGGUUUGCGAGACAGUGAAUCACAACAUUAUCUUGCUCUGCUUGCAAACUGUUCCAAUAUUCGUGUGGUUGCAUCAAUAAAUCAUGUCAAUACAGUUCUAUAUAUAGGACGUAAGAUCUGGAAGACUAAAGCUUACGUUAACAGGACAUAUCGAGCAAGCCUUGUCCUGAGCACACAACACACAUACAUCUUUUCUGCUGGUGAUAACCAAAAAGUUAAAUGGUGGGACCUCGAACAGAACAAGGUCAUUCCAUCAUACCGUCAGCAUCAUAGUGGUGUUUACUGCUUAGUUCUUCAUCCCAUCGUAGUGGUCAUUCGAUCAUAG